CCUGGUACACCCCGACCCCACCCGCCAGUUUGUGGUCGAGACGGAUGCUUCCGACACAGGGGUGGGAGCAGUGCUCUCUCAGGUGGCGGCCGCUGACAACCGACUACACCCCUGCGCCUUCUUCUCCAAGAAGCUGUCCCCGGCGGAGAGGAACUACGACGUUGGAAACCGUGAGCUGCUGGCAGUCAAACUGGCGCUGGAGGAGUGGAGACAUUGGCUGGAGGGGGCCGAGAAGCCGUUCAUCGUUUGGACCGACCACAAGAACCUGGCAUACCUCCAGACAGCCAAAAGGCUGAAUUCUCGACAGGCAAGAUGGGCGCUGUUCUUCGGGAGGUUCAACUUCUCUCUCACCUACCGUCCAGGUUCGAAGAACGUUAAGCCCGAUGCCCUGUCCCGUCAAUUCAACACCUGUUCUGAGCGUGAGAUCCCCGAAAACAUCCUUCCUACCUCCUGCACCAUCGGAUCCGUCACAUGGAAGAUCGAGGCGGUGAUCCAGAGGGCUCUACGGGAGGAGCCCGAUCCCAGGUCCAACCCCGGAUUACGCCUAUACGUCCCCUCAGCCGCUCGGACACAGGUGCUGCAAUGGGCCCAUUCAUCCCUCCUUUCCUGCCAUCCCGGCUUUACCCGCACCUUGGCGGUGCUGAAGCGGAGAUUCUGGUGGAGUGCCAUGAUCCCCGACACCAGACGCUUCAUCAAGGCCUGUACCACCUGUGCCAGAAGCAAGGCCUCCCACCAAGCCCCUGCUGGCUUACUCCAACCUCUGCCUGUGCCCAGCCGACAGGAGAGGGGGCAGUGGGGGAGUAAGGUGGAGUUCCUCCUGGCAGUGGCAGGGAACAUGGUGGGGCUGGGAAACGUGUGGAGGUUCCCAUACCUCUGCUACAAGAACGGCGGCGGAGCGUUCCUUGUGCCAUAUCUGGUUUUUGCGGUGACCAGUGGGAUACCCCUGUUCCUGCUGGAGACUGCCAUGGGGCAGUACACCCAGGAGGGGGCCAUCACCUGCUGGAGGAAACUGUGCCCAUUGGCUGAGGGGGUUGGCUAUGGAAGUCAGCUGAUCCUGAUUUACAGCUGCAUGUCUUACAUCAUCAUCCUGGCCUGGGCCCUCUUCUACCUCUACUUCUCCUUCAGCUCUGAGCUGCCCUGGGCCAGCUGCUCCAAUACCUGGAACUCAGAUCACUGUGUGGACUUCUCCAAUCAAAACCUCACUGCAAACUGGACCAACAACUCAUCUUCUGCAGCCAUCGAGUUUUGGGAGAGACGUGUGCUGCUGAUCUCGGGGGGCAUUGAGGAGGUGGGCAGCGUGAGGUGGGAGCUGCUCCUGUGCCUCAUCACUAUGUGGGUCAUCUGCUACUUCUGCAUCUGGAAGGGGGUGAAGUCUACAGGCAAGGCAGUUUAUUUCACAGCUACAUUCCCAUACGUGAUGCUUUUGGUGUUGUUGAUACGAGGGCUAACUCUACCUGGAGCUCUGCAGGGGGUGGAGUUCUACCUGUACCCUGACCCCUCCCGCCUGGCAGACCCACAGGUGUGGAUGGAGGCAGGAUCUCAGAUCUUCUUCUCCUACAGUGUUGGAGUGGGUACUCUGACUGUGCUGGGUAGCUACAACACCUAUAACAACAACUGCUACAAGGACAGUUUAUGGCUGUGUCUGCUGAACAGUGGGACCAGCCUGGUGGCAGGAUUUGUGGUCUUUUCUGUGCUGGGGUUCAUGGCACAUGAGCAGGGUGUCCCCAUCGCAGAAGUGGCAGAAUCAGGACCUGGUCUGGCAUUCAUUGCGUACCCCCAAGCAGUAGCAAUGAUGCCCCUAUCUCAGCUGUGGGCCGCCUGCUUCUUCAUUAUGAUCAUCCUGUUGGGCCUGGACACUCAGUUUGUGAUGAUGGAGGUAGUGAUGACGUCGGUGACAGACCUGUUUCCCAAAGUACUCCGGAGGGCUGGGCGCAGAGAGAUCUUCCUCCUGCUCUUCUGCCUCACCUGCUUCGUCUUGCAGCUGGUGAUGGUCACACAGGGGGGGAUGUAUGUGUUCCAGCUCUUCGACUACUAUGCCUUUAAUGGGGCCUGUAUGUUCUUCCUGUGUGUGUUUGAAGUUCUGCCCAUGGGCUGGCUGUUUGGGGCGGAGCGCAUGAUGGAUGUGAUCGAGGACAUGACCGGGGAACGGCCCAGCCUCAUCUUUAAGCUCUGCUGGCUCUACUUCACCCCACUGGUGACCCUGGGAUCCUUCAUCUUCUCUGUGGUGAAGUACCAGCCCCUGACCUUUAACCGCUGGUAUGUGUAUCCAGACUGGGCGUACGUGCUGGGCUGGCUGCUGGCCCUCUCCUCUGUUGUACUGGUGCCGGGGUGGAGUCUGGUCAAGCUCUCCAUCAGCACUGGCACUCUCAGACAGCGAUUGUCUCAUCUGUGUCACCCUGAUGAUGACCUGCCCCUGACCCGGAAGCAAAUGGCAGAGCGAGGGAAUGCAGUUUCUGCUAGUGUUGAAAGAGAGUUCAGGUGCUUACCAACACAAAAGUGGAAAUUGAAGUGUUAA